CCAACAUCAUUCCUUUGAACUCGGCCAUGGUUGCCUAGACUUAUAUCGCUUUUAUUUUGGGGGAAUAUAAUAUCAUAUUUUGGAGAAGACCAUUAUUAUUAUCUGUCUUGAAUAAAUUUUUUUUUUCUUGGGCAAUCCCUUGCGCAUUGCGAAACGAACCCCGCGAUUAUGGCCGCGCCAACUGAGGACGCGCUCACUAAAAUUUCUACAGAUGCUGCUACGAGUUUCAUACAGUCCUUCUAUACCGCGCUGAAAUCCGAUCGCACUUCAAUAGCGACCUUCUACAGUUCUGUCACGUCCACGAUUCUCUUCAACGGAAAUGUGGUGUCCGAUGGGUCUGCAGUACAAGAUAUCUUCGUCAACCAGAUGCCCCCUACGCACUAUGAGAUGCAGUCGGUCGAUUGUCAGAUCAUCAACAAAAGCUUCCCCACGGCGACAGCGACAGGAGUGAAGCCGGCAAGCCAGAGGGCUGUGAAGGAUAUGUCCUUACUCGUCAUCGUUAGUGGUUAUGUACGAUUUGGAGAGUCUCAAGAUCUUCCACAGCGUGGAUUCAGCGAAACGUUUAUCUUGGCCCCCAACCCGGCCGCGGACCAAGGGCCUAAGGGCAAGGGAAAGAGAGAGUGGGCAAUACAGAGCCAGAACUUUCGACUAGUCGUAUGAGGCGAAAUCAGAUACCUUGAAGGAAAUUUACGAAGCCCUAAUAUCACGACGGUUAUUCCUUCACGGAACGUUUGGCGAUUCUACGAUGUCGAGAAGGAACAAGACGAAAGGACGCAAGUCUAUGUCGCCUGG